AUGGCAAGCCAGGUGGCCAGGAGUGAGCUGCAGCCCAUUCUGCAGAAGCUGCUCACCGCUCUGGAGAUUCGAGAGAAGUACAUGCACCGCUCUCUACAGAGGUUCCCCCGCAGCACAGCACAGGUCCUCAGGAAAGUCAGGGCUCUGCCUUGGACGGAGGAGCAAGAUGUACAGCCAGAGUUCACCUGUUAUCCUGCGGACAUGUUGAAGGCUCUGAGUGUGGAGGGCCUUCCUGCAGACCUCUCCUAUGGGCUGGAGAUGAGGAAUGGCAUCAUCACGCUUCUGGACUCCGCUGGGAACCUGUACACACCGGCUUCUCUCCACUACCCUGACCAUUCGGAAUACACCAAGGACUUGAAGGCCGUACUAGAGAUCAUCUCGAAUGGGCCUCUGAAAACCUAUUGUAAUCAGAGAUUGAAGAUCCUCAGCUCUAAGUUCCAGCUCCACCUGCUGGUCAAUGAGAAGAAGGAGUUUGUCGAUCUCCAGGUUGCCUCGCACAGUGAUUUUUACAAUGUGGGCAAGGUAGACACACACAUCCAUGCUGCAGCCUGCAUGAACCAGAAGAAGCUCCUGCAGUUCAUCUGCAAGACGUACGAGCGGGACUUGGAGCGUGUGGUGCAGGAGGCUGGUGGGAAGAAGACAACUCUCCGCGAGCUGUUUCAGUGCCUCAAACUGAACCCAGAAAACCUGGACAUUGACGCCCUCAACAUGCGCGCAGACCGUGAAACCUUUCAAAGAUUUGACAGGUUCAAUGAAAAAUACAAUCCAGUUGGAGCCAACGAGCUUCGUGCCUUAUAUCUCAAAACAAACAAUUUCAUCAAUGGCGAAUACUUUGCAGCAUUGGUCAAGGAAUUCUCUGAUUCCCUCGACGACUCGUCCAAUCAGUUUGCAGAGUUGAGGCUGUCGAUUUAUGGGGGCCGCCCGACUGAAUGGGAGGAUCUUGCUAACUGGUUCACUCGUCAGGAAGUCUGCUCUCCAAAACUCCGCUGGAUGAUCCAAGUGCCAAGGAUCUACAAUGUAUUCCAUAAAUUAAACAGGAUUAAAAGUUUUGAGGAAAUGUUGGACAAUCUCUUCAGGCCAAUAUUUGAGGCAACCCUUUUCCCCCAGAAGCACAAGUCACUGCACAUUUUCCUGAAAUACGUGACAGCGUUCGACAGUGUCGAUGACGAAUCGAAAACGGACGAGGGAUUCUUCCCCCAGCUUCCUCUCCCGGCAGACUGGACCUCCAAGAAGAACCCUCCCUACAGUUACUAUCAGUACUACAUGUACAGUAACAUCACCGUGCUCAAUCACCUCCGCAGGGAGCGGGGAAUGAACACGUUCCUGUAUCGGCCGCACUGCGGAGAGGCAGGCUCACACACGCAUCUGGUCGAUGGAUUCCUGACGGCAGACAACAUCUCGCACGGCCUCCGUCUUAAAAAGGACCCAGCUCUCCAGUACCUCUAUUACUUGGCACAGAUCCCAAUUGCGAUGUCCCCACUCAGCAAUAACUGCUUGUUCCUGGAGUAUGGCCAGAGUCCAUUUUACCAGCUCUUUCAAACCGGCCUGGUGGUCUCCCUCUCCACCGAUGACCCUCUGCUCUUCCAUUUCACCAAGGAGCCUUUGAUCGAGGAAUAUGCAGUGGCCGCUCAGUUCUGGAAGCUCACGACUUGUGACAUGUGUGAGAUUGCGCGGAACAGCGUCAAGCAGAGCGGCUUGUCACACCAGGAGAAACAGAAUUUGCUGGGUGUGGACUACCUGAAAGACGGCCCUGAGGGGAAUGACAUGCAGCGCUCCAACGUCUCCCAGAUCCGAAUCGCUUUUCGUUUCGAGACCUGGAGCCAUGAGCUCAAGAUCCUGGCACAAGCUGUCAAAAACACUGAGCAUAUCUAACUUUCCGCCCAGAAAGCACAUAUCUCCGCAUUGCCCUGCCUCACCUCCUUCAUCCCUCCCUCCACCUUCUGUCAGUGCCCUCCCAUUACCCCUUCUCACAAUCUCCAGACUCACCUCCUUCAUCCCUCCCUCCACCUUCUGUCAGUGCCCUCCCAUUACCCCUUCUCACUAUCUCCAGACUCACCUCCUUCAUCCCUCCCUCCACCUUCUGUCAGUGCCCUCCCAUUACCCCUUCUCACUAUCUCCAGACUCACCUCCUUCAUCCCUCCCUCCACCUUCUGUCAGUGCCCUCCCAUUACCCCUUCUCACUAUCUCCAGACUCACCUCCUUCAUCCCUCCCUCCACCUUCUGUCAGUGCCCUCCCAUUACCCCUUCUCACUAUCUCCAGACUCACCUCCUUCAUCCUUCCCUCCACCUUCUGUCAGUGCCUUCCCAUUACCCCUUCUCACAAUCUCCAGACUCACCUCCUUCAUCCCUCCCUCCACCUUCUGUCAGUGCCCUCCCAUUACCCCUUCUCACUAUCUCCAGACUCACCUCCUUCAUCCCUCCCUCCACCUUCUGUCAGUGCCCUCCCAUUACCCCUUCUCACUAUCUCCAGACUCACCUCCUUCAUCCCUCCCUCCACCUUCUGUCAGUGCCCGCCCAUUACCCCUUCUCACUAUCUCCAGACUCACCUCCUUCAUCCCUCCCUCCACCUUCUGUCAGUGCCCAUCCAUUACCCCUUCUCACAAUCUCCAGACUCACCUCCUUCAUCCCUCCCUCCACCUUCUGUCAGUGCCCUCCCAUUACCCCUUCUCACUAUCUCCAGACUCACCUCCUUCAUCCCUCCCUCCACCUUCUGUCAGUGCCCGCCCAUUACCCCUUCUCACUAUCUCCAGACUCACCUCCUUCAUCCCUCCCUCCACCUUCUGUCAGUGCCCUCCCAUUACCCCUUCUCACUAUCUCCAGACUCUGAACAUAUCCAAUUGCCCGUCAGGAUCCGCCUGUCCCUACAUCCCCCUCCCAUUCUCCACCCCCACCUUCCCUGAUCGUCCUCCGUCCCUCCUCCCGUCCACCCUUCCAACUCUGUACCUCAGCCCCUUCCCCACCCCUCCUUCCCUCCCUCCUGCCCUGCUCUCUCUCUCCCUGCCUCCUGAACCCCCUUUCCCUUCUCCAAUCCCUCUCACCCACUCUCCCCUUCAGAUCUCCUCCUUCAACUGCCCCGGGGUCUAAGCUCUGGAAUUCCCUCCCUAAACCUCUCUCUCUCUUUCUCUCUCUCUCUCUCUCUCUCUCCAUUCCUCUUGUCUGAGUUUUUAGGUCACCUGUCUCUAGUGUUUCCUCAUGCUGCUCAGUGUCGAACUUCAUUUGAUAGUUCGUAAGACGGUGAGAAAUAGGUGUAGGCCAUUCAGCCCAUCGAGCCUGCUCUGCCAUUCGAUAGCACCUACACGACAGGGACCGCAGUAGUUUUGGAAGGAACUAGAGAAGAAAGGAGAUCGUGGCUGAUCUGAUUGUGGCCUUCACCCCACCUUCCUGCCUGUCCCCCUUGGCUCCCUCGCUGACCAAAAGUCCGUCUAGCUCGUCCUUGAGUAUAUUCAACGCCCCAGCUUCCACGUAGUCCCAUGAGGCACCUCGGAAUGUCUUUGCUACUUUAAGUGCGCUAUUUAAAUGCAAGUUUCUGGUCCUCUCCCGGCUGUUCAGCAGACGGCGUGGUCAGUCUGUCGCACGUGUGGUUUGAACUUCGGGGGAGACAGCAGAACGCACGGUCAGAAAGUUUGGAACGUGUGUCCCCAGCGGGAGAAAUACUCCCGGAAUGUCCUCAUGCUCCAUUCCCACUCUCAUCAUGAACACACGUCUCCACCCGCAAGCUGGCAACACGUCGGGACAUUGGCUCAGUGGAGUGGCUCUGCUGCUGGGUUAGCAACCUGGAGGGACGUGGGUUCAAAUCCCACUGCGGGUGGUUCCAGAAUCUCAGUCCCGUUUAAAAAAUAAAUAAAUAAAUAAAUAACAAAAUCUGCCAGUUAGGUGGUGGGGGCCGGUAAAGCUGUGGGGGUUAUCAUGAAAAGCCAACUGGUUCAGCUUUACUGUCUGCUGGCGGUGAGUGAGUCACCCCCCUCACCUUUAACUCAGAAGGUUGUGGGUUCAAAUCCUUCUCAAGCCCAGGCCAAAUUCCUGCCCUGUUGAGCAUGGUGUAGGGCAGACACUGGCCCCAUUUCCACUUAUCCCCAAAGAGACCGAGCAGGGCUGGAAUGAAUUGUGAGUUUGCUCUUGGAAGUGUCUCUUCAUGCCCUUCUGUUUGUUCACAUGUCUCUUGGUUUCUCUGUCUCCUUUUUGUCUCUAUCCUCUUCUCCCAUUGUCUAUUUUUCUCUGUCUCUUCCUUUAUCUCUGUCUCCCUCCCUCUUUCUCCCUCCACCCUACCCUCGCUCUGUCUGUUUCUCUGCUUCAUUCUCUUUCUGGCUCUCUCUCUCUCUCUUUCUGUUUCUCAUUCUCUUAUGCUCUCUAUUCCUACCCUUCACUCUAUCUGUUACUCUUUGCCUCAUUCUCACUCUAUCCUUCUCUCUGUCACUUUGUUUCUCUUUCUCUUGUGCUGUCUUUCUCUAUCCCUCUCUUUGUCUUUGUUUCUUUCUGUUUCUCCCUCUAUCUCUAU